AUGGAACAAGUAUGUGGAAUACCAUUGAGUCUUAAAUUCAUUGAAGCAACAUGUGAUCUUUACAUUGCAGAUGCUUAUUUUGGGCUAUUGGUGGUUGGGCACAAUGGUGGAGUUGCUAAACAAGUAGCCAUUAGUGCAGAAGGAGCCCCAUUUCGAUUCACUAAUGCUUUGGACAUUGAUCAAAACACAGGAGUUGUCUAUUUUACCGAUACUAGCACCAUAUUCCAAAGAUGGGCUUAUGCAAUAGCAAUGCAAACUGUGGAUAAGACUAGAAGGUUACUAAAAUAUGAUCUAAGGACCAAAGAAGUGACGGUGUUGCUAAGAGGCUUAUCCUUUUCAAAUGGGGUCGCAUUAAGUAAAGACAAUGAUUUUGUUUUAGUUACUGAAACAACUGCCGCCAAAGUCACAAGAUAUUGGCUACAAUGUUAAAAAUUGUAGAAAUCUCAAUUGAGUGACACUUUUACACAACUUGUUAGAUGUCCGGAUAAUAUUCAAAGAAACAUUCAUGGGGAAUUUUGGGUUGCACAAAAUAAUUGUGGAAGACCAGAACUAAAAGUUAGACCGGUAAGACUUAACAAAGAAGAGAAGAUCGUAGAAGAAUUAAGUGAGGAUGUUGACCUUGUUUAUCCAUGA